UGCAGUAUAAACAAUAACAUAACCUCUUCUCUAUGACAUCCGCUCUAUACACCAUACAAUAGAUUUUGUCUAUCACUAAACUGUUUUUUGUCUGUCUUGUUUAUUUAUUAUGCUCUCGUUUUUAAGCUGCAAGUAACGAGAUCGAGUGGAAUUUUUAUUAUGCAGUAGCUUUUAUUAUUUAGUUAUCAAGCGGAAUUAUUACCCUAUUUGUAUUUUUUUAAAGACAGAAAUCAACAAAAAAAGUAAAUCAUAAGUACUUAACUAGUACUUGUAAACAGUCAUUUUUGUAUUAGAAAUAUACACCUAAAACACAAUGAGUAUUUUGUUUUCAUCAGAAGAUGGUUGGAUUCUAUCUCACCUUGAUUACAUGCAUAAAAUUUAUGAAAAUGUACAGUAUGAAGAUUCGUAUGAAACUUUAAAAUUUAAAGACAACUUUUUUAAAAUAAACUCGCAAUUUUCACGUCAAAAUCAAAUUGAAAACGGUAAUACUGAUAAAGAAGUUAAACCAAGAAAGAAAAAGAGAAAACUUAAUGUACUGCCAGAAGAUGUUUUACAACAGAAAAAUUUUGUUAAAGAAAUGAGCGAAAAAAUUCUUAAAGACAUUAAAAAUCAAAAAUUAUUUGUAAAUAUCAUCACUGAUGACAAUCGUCAAUCAAGAUUAGAAUCAAGAAAUUUUUAUAUAGAAAGAUCAGAUUUGAAUUCUAAUUAUCAUGGAAUGAAUGAAAAAGACGUAGCAAUAAUUGCUGAAUUUCGUAGUGAAAAAUACGUUUUUCCUAAUAAUUGUGAAUUUUAUUGCUACGAUAUAAAACAUAUUCGUGAAAAAUUAAAUAUGGCCAGGAAGUAUGAUUUUAUUGUCUUGGAUCCCCCAUGGUGGAAUAAAUCGAUUAGAAGGAAAAAAGCCCAAUUUCGAGAAAGCAGCUAUAAUAUGAUGUACAAUGAAGAACUUAUGGAAAUCCCUAUUGGUGAUCUUUUGUCUACAAAUGGAAUAGUCGCAGUUUGGUGCACUAAUUCUGCUAGUCAAAUAAAAAGUGUUUUAGAAGAUAUUUUUCCAGCCUGGAACGUUAUCUUUAGAGCAAAGUGGUAUUGGCUCAAAGUUACUCAAAGUGGAAAACCUGUAUGUAACUAUAAUGAAUCACAUGGAAAACAACCAUAUGAACAACUAAUCAUUGGAUCUACAGCUACAGUCAACGUAAAUGUACCUGAUAAGAAAGUCAUUAUAAGUGUUCCAAGUGCCAUUCAUUCUCACAAGCCUCCCUUAAUAGAACUUUUCAAAUCAUAUCUACCUGAGCAUCCUCAGUGCUUGGAAAUUUUUGCCAGAUAUUUGUUACCUGGGUGGAUUAGCUGGGGUUUGGAAGUUUUGAAAUUUCAGCAUCUAUCUCUAUACAAUUUUACAAAAGUAUCUCAUGUUGACAAGGGACCCGGUUCUAAAGGUAACAUC